UGAAGCAUGGAGAUAUGGGAUCCCAAAACCAGCCAUUUAUAGGGGCUGACUGGGAUCUCAUAGAAGGGGGUGUUGUGAAGCAUGGAGAUAUGAGAUCCCAGAAUCAGCCACAAAGGGGAGACUCUGACAGAACAACAGCUAAAUAAGGGAACAUUGUGAUAUUAUAACCUGUGAUUUAGGAUCAGAUUAUGCCAUAACCUAAUGAAUGAGUGUGAACUAACCAAGUGUCUAUUCUUACAUUCUUUAAUGUUGAAACAGUGUAGGAGUCAGAAGAGCAGCUCACUGUGAAAAGUGAUAUUUUUGACAGAUUUGACUAAAAAGAGGAACUUAUGCUUUAUGAAAUGGGAAUGCUUUUAACAGUUUUGAUUACUAUGAAACUGAGGUGUUUUAGAAAGAGUUUUGACUACUGUUAUGAGGUGAGAAGUCACGAGUUAAGUGAACUCAGAAUAGAUUGGGAUUUUUUAAUAAGUCUGUACACAUUGUCCAAAAGAUUGCACAAUGGGAUGCCAGCGACAGUUAGAGGCUGACAUCCGCUUUUCCAUUUCCUGAUCAGGAACCUGUGCUGAGUUGCAGACAGGAGAGAUCAGGGGGGGCAAGAUGGGCUGUCUGGACAGUCCAAAACAGACAGUUUCAGUUCCUUAAAAGUGGGGGUGAUCAUGCGGUCAGUGUAUGGGGCAAGUGUGCGAGUUGGGAGGGGGUAGAGAUGAAGUUAUUGCUCAAGUUAAUUUAGUAUGAGAUCAUGGAGUCAUGGCAUAUGCAUAAGGUUCAGUAAACUAUAAAUUGCAUCUGAUCGAGACGCAAGUUGGGAGAUUGUUGCGGGUAUCUGCCUGGGUGCAAUCCAGACAUCAGUCUGAGCACAGGGGAUGAUUACCACGUAACUCGGACAGGGAAUUCAACAUGAUCUGCAAAGGAAUAACUGUUCUGAUGGAAUUAUGGACCAAAGUACUGCGUUUCCUGCAGUGUUGGAGGAUUACUGAACUGUGAUCUGGAAAUAAUGCUGUCUGAAGGAACAUUACUGAACUCUAUUUUCCAUGUGAGGAAUACUGGACCAAACAACAAAAAUGGAUAUAUGCAGAUCUAAAUCUGGUCGGACCCCCGUCCACUUCCCCCUGGGCCCCGGCGGGUCUCAGGUGAGCAGCCGGGUGUGGCCACACCGUGACUGCUCUCCCUCCAAAUUAUGUAAUCUGGGUGAAUAUUACUUCUCUUUUAUGAAAGCAUAGUUCCACUAAUGAGUCGUGUUAAACAAUUGAAAGAAUAGUGAUGUUUGAUUAACUGUCUGAUGAUUUAUUGGCUAUGCUUUUGCCCUGCUAAAAUAUAUUAAUAAAGCAUUAUUCUGCAAUUAAAGACAACAAAUUGCAAGUGCUAUUUUUAUCCCUGAAUGAAUACUUAUACAUCUAGCUCUGGAUGUAAAAAGUCAGAUUACUGCGUGCAUAACAAUAGCAAGGUUCUGAAAGGUUACCUAAUCAUAGGGGUCAGGUUGGCCCAGUAUAAACAUAUCCUAGAGGUUGUCUAUAUGUCCAUAACCUCUGAAUUAACCUAGCAACUUACCAAGUGCCAGAUCUAUGAGAGGAAAAGCUGCCGUUAACAGGUGUGUCUGGUGGUUAAAUUUAACUAUACCGAAGUGGCUACUCGGUUAAAUUAAUUAUCAGAGGAAGCAGGGAUAGGCAUCUGGAUGAAGGCAGUGAGACAGCUAGGCGAAUUUUCCUCGUCAACCAGCUUAACAGUUCUGCAGCAUCCCUCUGAGUAAGACCUCAGGGGGCAGUAGGACCGGACCCGAAGGAUGGAGAGCUGGUCCGGUGAUUCCCUAACAGCUGAGUAAGUUAAUCAGGGGGUCACUGGCCCUGAGGAUCAACAAUUGGCGCCCGAACAGGUUUUUUACCGACAGGUGAAUCCCUGGUCCGUCAGGUGUGUGCCCUAAGACCCGAGGGGAAAGCUGAGGUGGGGACUGUAGAUGUCCGCCUUGGCAGGAGAGAGCGGUGAAGACUGAGGUCUGAUAGGACAGACUUCUCCCUGUCUGAGAGUGUCACUCAGACAGGUCGGAGAACGUUGCACUCAGAAUCACUGGAAAAGUUUUUGUUUUCUGUUUCCUUCUCAGGAUUAUAACGGUGGAUUGUAAUCUGAUGGAAGGAUUGUAUUUUUUCCAAGAAAGGAAAAGUAUGGUGAGCGGCUGAGUAGAAGGAUUUCAGUUUCACCAGAUCUGCAGAAGAGGUGUAGGAAGCACCGCAGGAGUGUGGAGGUUACGUGAGUCGUGAGGGUCGGGGAGGACCGAGCCCGAGACGUCGUCACGGAGUAGCCGAACUUAGUUUGCCCUUCAUCCUGACUCUAUGCGCUACGAGCGGCUUUGAAGGGGCAGACAACUCAGCAAAGACGAACAAAAGUGGAUAAUAAGGAUGGAGAGCGGGAUUUGAAUAUCCCGUCUCUGAGUUCUCCUCCACCGCCUGCUGUGGCUGCGGAAGAUGCGGUGCUGGAGGCAGGGGGAGGACGUGAGCGUGCAGGCUGCAGAGUUUACUAGUCUUUGGGGCCACUCAGCCCAACUAAGAGGAAGCAGCGACUGAGAAGCGGCAGAAGGGGGGUGAAGAUGAGAAUGCAGCCACGUCCCAGUCGCUGAGAAUUUCUCCAGGGGUAGUACCUGAGCAGGAGUUUCAGGUACUUAUUCAUGGGGAUGGAAUUCUUGGGACCUGGUUGUGAGACAGUUCGUUGAGGCGGCGAUCCCCAAAGAAGAGAGAUUUGGGGUGAAGAAGGCAGUUACUGACAACUGUCAGCGAGAGAGACAGAUGAGGAAAUGACAGUUACUGGACAUGCUGCAUCGCGGGGCAGAGCUCAGAUGCAGAUGGGGAAGUAAGGCCAAAAAUAGAGUAGGCCACUUCAGCUGCAAGAACCCUGGCUGCAGAGCAUGGUAGCUGUCACUGACUCAGUGAUUGGAACACCAGAGAGCCCACAUGGGAUCGGAGGGCUUACUGAUUGGGGAAUUAUAAAGUGGAUUGUUUUGUUCAAAUGAGAAGAAUCGUCUUUGUUGAGAUUGAGAAGUGGGACGAGAUUCCAAGAGGAAAGGAGGUCCCAGUGGGGUACGUGGAGGAGGUUGUGAAGGCUGUCCAUGAGAAUACCGGACAUGCUGGCAUCGCUCCAACACGGAGAGAGCUGGAGAGGCACCGUCUUUGGAUUUCUGAGAGCGGAAUACGCCGUGUCCUGCAGAACUGUGAGGUGUGUGGAUUACGACACUGGACGCAGAGGACAGCGGGUAGGAGGGCUCAUUAUGAAGCACCGUCCCAAGUGACUGGGAAAAGAAAAGAGUUGAGACAGUAAUGGAGUACUGUUGAAGAAAAGGAGUCCAGGGCGGGGAGCAGCUGAAGCCAGUUCGAGAUUAGGAGAACCAGGAACGGGAAAAUGGCUAUGAGCACGCUGAAUCUUCCACCCUUCAUCUCUGUGGCAGCGGUGAAGGGUGUUGUUGUUUUAAGAAGAGCCACAACUGGGCUGUGGAGUGGCACAGCUCUUAAGAAACUGAAGACAGUGCAGAAAAAGGAACGCAGGAGGCGCCUGGCAGGGCCUCUGAUGGGCCAAGCAGAGUGAGAUCAGCAAGGAGGAGACCGCUGACUCCAUGGAUUAUCCUACGCUCAGUGGGGUGAAGGUACUGAAGGUGAGCUCCAGAAAAGGGGCGAAGAAGGAUGUACAAGUUUUUUCCAUGCUGGAUGUAUCCAAGAGGAGGCAGAAACCUGCAUUCAGAAAGUGGAUUAGAAAGUGACUGCAGAAGUUGAAACCGGGUGGAGCUGGGGAGCUGAGUAUCAGCGAGCUGUACCUGGGUAACCACGAUCGAAUGGGAGACCUUUUUUGAAGGUUCCUACCUGAAGGAUUUAUUUGGACUGACCAAGAAGGAUUUCGGAUAUCGGUACAACGCCUGUGGGUGCUGAACUCCCCGUAGCUGAAUAUGGUGUGAGGGAGGCGCCCCAGAAGAAAUACAAAGGCCUAAAAUAACAGGCUGACCUGUAUGCUUGCUCGCUGCUGAACAUUUAGUUAAACUAAUAAUCAACCACUGUGUUAUCCCCAAGUUUUGGGUUGCCUUUAUCAGAAAGAAGGAAAGAAAUGUCUGUUUCUGGAUCCCAAGAAGGGGGUGUUGUGAAGCAUGGAGAUAUGGGAUCCCAAAACCAGCCAUUUAUAGGGGCUGACUGGGAUCUCAUAGAAGGGGGUGUUGUGAAGCAUGGAGAUAUGAGAUCCCAGAAUCAGCCACAAAGGGGAGACUCUGACAGAACAACAGCUAAAUAAGGGAACAUUGUGAUAUUAUAACCUGUGAUUUAGGAUCAGAUUAUGCCAUAACCUAAUGAAUGAGUGUGAACUAACCAAGUGUCUAUUCUUACAUUCUUUAAUGUUGAAACAGUGUAGGAGUCAGAAGAGCAGCUCACUGUGAAAAGUGAUGUUUUUGACAGAUUUGACUAAAAAGAGGAACUUAUGCUUUAUGAAAUGGGAAUGCUUUUAACAGUUUUGAUUACUAUGAAACUGAGGUGUUUUAGAAAGAGUUUUGACUACUGUUAUGAGGUGAGAAGUCACGAGUUAAGUGAACUCAGAAUAGAUUGGGAUUUUUUAAUAAGUCUGUACACAUUGUCCAAAAGAUUGCACAAUGGGAUGCCAGCGACAGUUAGAGGCUGACAUCCGCUUUUCCAUUUCCUGAUCAGGAACCUGUGCUGAGUUGCAGACAGGAGAGAUCAGGGGGGGCAAGAUGGGCUGUCUGGACAGUCCAAAACAGACAGUUUCAGUUCCUUAAAAGUGGGGGUGAUCAUGCGGUCAGUGUAUGGGGCAAGUGUGCGAGUUGGGAGGGGGUAGAGAUGAAGUUAUUGCUCAAGUUAAUUUAGUAUGAGAUCAUGGAGUCAUGGCAUAUGCAUAAGGUUCAGUAAACUAUAAAUUGCAUCUGAUCGAGAUGCAAGUUGGGAGAUUGUUGCGGGUAUCUGCCUGGGUGCAAUCCAGACAUCAGUCUGAGCACAGGGGAUGAUUACCACGUAACUCGGACAGGGAAUUCAACAUGAUCUGCAAAGGAAUAACUGUUCUGAUGGAAUUAUGGACCAAAGUACUGCGUUUCCUGCAGUGUUGGAGGAUUACUGAACUGUGAUCUGGAAAUAAUGCUAUCUGAAGGAACAUUACUGAACUCUAUUUUCCAUGUGAGGAAUACUGGACCAAACAACAAAAAUGGAUAUAUGCAGAUCUAAAUCUGGUCGGACCCCCGUCCACUUCCCCCUGGGCCCCGGCGGGUCUCAGGUGAGCAGCCGGGUGUGGCCACACCGUGACUGCUCUCCCUCCAAAUUAUGUAAUCUGGGUGAAUAUUACUUCUCUUUUAUGAAAGCAUAGUUCCACUAAUGAGUCGUGUUAAACAAUUGAAAGAAUAGUGAUGUUUGAUUAACUGUCUGAUGAUUUAUUGGCUAUGCUUUUGCCCUGCUAAAAUAUAUUAAUAAAGCAUUAUUCUGCAAUUAAAGACAACAAAUUGCAAGUGCUAUUUUUAUCCCUGAAUGAAUACUUAUACAUCUAGCUCUGGAUGUAAAAAGUCAGAUUACUGCGUACAUAACAAUAGCAAGGUUCUGAAAGGUUACCUAAUCAUAGGGGUCAGGUUGGCCCAGUAUAAACAUAUCCUAGAGGUUGUCUAUAUGUCCAUAACCUCUGAAUUAACCUAGCAACUUACCAAGUGCCAGAUCUAUGAGAGGAAAAGCUGCCGUUAACAGGUGUGUCUGGUGGUUAAAUUUAACUAUACCGAAGUGGCUACUCGGUUAAAUUAAUUAUCAGAGGAAGCAGGGAUAGGCAUCUGGAUGAAGGCAGUGAGACAGCUAGGCGAAUUUUCCUCGUCAACCAGCUUAACAGUUCUGCAGCAUCCCUCUGAGUAAGACCUCAGGGGGCAGUAGGACCGGACCCGAAGGAUGGAGAGCUGGUCCGGUGAUUCCCUAACAGCUGAGUAAGUUAAUCAGGGGGUCACUGGCCCUGAGGAUCAACAAUUGGCGCCCGAACAGGUUUUUUACCGACAGGUGAAUCCCUGGUCCGUCAGGUGUGUGCCCUAAGACCCGAGGGGAAAGCUGAGGUGGGGACUGUAGAUGUCCGCCUUGGCAGGAGAGAGCGGUGAAGACUGAGGUCUGAUAGGACAGACUUCUCCCUGUCUGAGAGUGUCACUCAGACAGGUCGGAGAACGUUGCACUCAGAAUCACUGGAAAAGUUUUUGUUUUCUGUUUCCUUCUCAGGAUUAUAACGGUGGAUUGUAAUCUGAUGGAAGGAUUGUAUUUUUUCCAAGAAAGGAAAAGUAUGGUGAGCGGCUGAGUAGAAGGAUUUCAGUUUCACCAGAUCUGCAGAAGAGGUGUAGGAAGCACCGCAGGAGUGUGGAGGUUACGUGAGUCGUGAGGGUCGGGGAGGACCGAGCCCGAGACGUCGUCACGGAGUAGCCGAACUUAGUUUGCCCUUCAUCCUGACUCUAUGCGCUACGAGCGGCUUUGAAGGGGCAGACAACUCAGCAAAGACGAACAAAAGUGGAUAAUAAGGAUGGAGAGCGGGAUUUGAAUAUCCCGUCUCUGAGUUCUCCUCCACCGCCUGCUGUGGCUGCGGAAGAUGCGGUGCUGGAGGCAGGGGGAGGACGUGAGGAUCAACACCCCUGCUCUGUAGAGACUUCUCCUGAGUAGAGUUGUUCUCACCGGCCCAGAAGUACCAGCUGUUGGUUUACCAUGCCGAUUCCAUCUUCCAUGAUAAGGAAUACCGCAAUGCUGCCUGCAAAUACAGUAUGGCUCUGCAACAGAAGAAGGUGCUCAGCAAAACAUCUAAAGUUCGUACCUCUACUGGUGGAGCUGCAUCUAACAUACAGGCACAGAGUUUGCCGUCUGAAAUUGAGGUAAAGUACAAGAUAGCAGAAUGCUACACCAUUUUGAAACUGGAUAAAGAUGCCAUUGCGGUGCUUGAUGGGAUUCCAUCCAGACAAAGGACUCCAAAGAUCAACAUGAUGCUAGCUAACCUGUACAGGAAGGCUGGUCAGGAACGUUCUGCUGUGACAAGCUACAAAGAGGUGCUCAGACAGUGUCCCCUCGCCUUAGACGCAAUAAUUGGUCUUCUCUCUCUGUCAGUUAAAGGAGCUGAAGUGGCAUCCAUGACUGUGGAUGUGAUCCAGAGCAUCCCCAACUUGGACUGGCUCUCUGUUUGGAUCAAAGCCUACGCCUUCAUACAUGCAGGGGACAAUCAGCGAGCUAUCAACACCAUUUGCUCUUUGGAGAAGAAAUCUCUCUUGCGGGACAACGUGGACCUCCUGGUGAGCCUGGCAGAUGUUUACUUCAGGGCAGGUGACACCAAAAAUGCAAUUCUUAAAUUUGAACAAGCCCAGAUGCUGGAUCCGUAUCUUAUUAAAGGAAUGGAUGUGUAUGGCUAUCUGAUGGCCCGUGAGGGACACCUGGAGGAUGUUGAAGUAUUGGGUGGAAGAUUAUUUAACAUAUCAGACCAGCAUGCGGAACCCUGGGUGAUCUCUGGUUGCCACAGUUUUUACAGCAAGCGCUACUCCAGGGCCCUCUACCUGGGAGCCAAAGCCAUCCAACUGAACAGCAACAGUGUGCAGGCUCUGCUCCUGAAGGGGGCCGCUCUGAGAAACAUGGGCCGAGUUCAGGAGGCCAUCAUCCAUUUCAGAGAGGCCAUGCGCUUGGCACCCUGCCGGCUCGACUGCUAUGAAGGUCUAAUCGAUUGUUACCUGGCAUCCAAUGGGAUUCGAGAGGCUAUGGGAAUGGCAAACAACAUCUAUAAGACUCUGGGGGCCAAUGCACAGACUCUGACCAUCCUCGCCACAGUGUGCCUGGAAGACCCGGUGACUCAGGAGAAAGCCAAAACCCUGCUGGACAAAGCACUGGCCCAGAGACCCGACUACACCAAGGCUGUGGUCAAAAAGGCGGAACUGCUCAGCCGAGAACAGAAAUAUGAAGAAGGGAUCGCUCUCCUGAGGAACGCCUUGGCCAAUCAGAGUGACUGCUUACUGCACAGGAUGUUGGGAGAUUUUCUGGUGGCAGUUAAUGAUUACCAAGAAGCCAUGGACCAGUACAGUAUAGCUUUAAGCCUGGAUCCCAAUGACCAGAAGUCUUUAGAAGGCAUGCAGAAGAUGGAGAAGGAGGAGAGCCCUUCAGACGCCACUGUGGAGCUGGAUGGUGACGACAUGGAAGGCAGCGGAGAGGACGGAGAUCUCGAGGGCAGUGACAAUGAAGCAGCUCAGUGGGCGGAUCAGGAGCAGUGGUUUGGUAUGCAGUGACCCUGGGCCUCUGAGGGAGGCUCAGUCAGCACCACCUUCUAGCUCUGCAGCCCACAGGAAGCCUUCAGCUGUCAGACCGGACGGUGCAGCCUCUGGAGGUUGUACUGUUGUUCCCUCCUCACACGAUCACAGACGUCAACACCAAGUGACCGAUGUUGCCAACUUUAAAGACAAUGCAGCUUCGACAUGGAGCAUAGAAAUGAAUGUUUGCACCGUUGGAUGAACUGAUGCUUGAUUUUUUUUUUUUUGUAGUCCAGCUUACAGGAGGACUGCAGUGAUUUUAUUAAAGUGCAGAUUAAUGGAGAACUCCAGCCAUUUUUGAUUUGAUUUGAGGUCACUUCAGCUUUAUUUACUUGUUUUCACAGCUCUCCAGCACAGUCUUAUAAAACCAAGGGGCGCUCAACCCCAGAAAAACAAAAUGACACCUUUAUUUCUCACUGUGGUGACAAGUGUUGGCACAGUUCUCUUACUGCCUUGGCUAUUUUCUAAUUGGCUGCUGGACAGUACAAAAUACAACUGAAUAUUGAACUAUUCACAGUGAGCGUCCUUGUUUUUGUGAGCUUUCUGCACUGAGCUGAGAGCUGUUCUCAGGCAAAGUGGAUGCAAGAAAAUCAGCACUGAAGCAGUCGAAAUCUGGUCAACAUCAACUGAUGAAAAAUCAAGUUGAGACCAAAAGUGACUGGAGUUCCAUGUGACGUGUUACAGGAGAGGCUGUCAAAGAUUUUUAAUGGUUUUGUUUGAGGCUGACUGACUCAGGUUUCCACAGAGGAGGGGAAGUGUGGAUGUCAUGUGUCACAAUAAAGCUUGUGGAUAUUGCAGAACAUUGUGUCUCUUAAAGGAAAACUGGAAGUCUGAAAGUGUUUCACAUUUCUGCUGCUUUUUAAAAUAUAUUCAUUUCUGUCACCAUGAACUAGUCAUGUAAGGUAUGUUUUUUUAUUGUGUUGUCCAUUGCCACUCUUUACAAAAAAUAUAACUCCUUAAUUGACUCUUUAAGUUGGAAAGUUUUAUCAUUUCAAGAUAAAUGUGUAUAGUAUUUUGUACAUAUUUUAAAUGUAUAAUAAAAUUAUUAAACACUCAAUUGACACAGA